UGUCACCACACCAUCGCUGCUUUGUCCUCUCCCUUUCGUGCUCUAGCCCGUGAUGACUGAGUACGCUACCGAUCCCGAGGCCAUCCAUGAUUUCCUUACUGCCAGGGAGCGUACUGUCAACUGGGUCAACGUCCACGGUGCAGGCCUGAACUUCGCUUCGCCGUCCUCCCCACCGUCGGUUCUCAGCGAGGAGGGCGUCCUAAGCUACGGCCCCAGCGAGUCGGACGCAUCCAGCUCUCACUCCGUUCCACCUCGUAUGCUACUGCGGUAUGAAGACGGCCGUCCAGAUAUCCCCAUCUCUCAUAGUCAUUCGCCACACAGCAGGGGCGGACCAUCUGCGCAAUCGAGCUCCCGCCACACCCGAUCUAGAUCUGGAUCUCUCGCCCCUCCUGCGCCAGCGGACAUGCCUCCCAUGCCUGCUCGUCAUGCUCAAUCAUUAUCCUACGCCUCAGGUUCGCGGUAUGCAUCUGCAGGCCCUUCGGGCCAACCUCUGAUUAGUCCCUCACGGUCGCCCGAGAACAUACGUAUCCUGCCGUCGCGGCAGCCCGAUGAUUCUCAGCGCAUGGCGGCAGCGUCUACGCAGAUGCAUGCCUUCCCCCAGCAACCCUCGAUCCACGAUAGAGUUCCUCCCCUCGCAGAUCAACUUCACACCUCCAACCAGAGCGUCUACGCGCCCACGGCCCGUCAUGCUACAUCUCCCAACCAACCCAUUCCAAUCGCGGCUUCGCCCGCCACCGUUACCCAGAUGCACUCACAGCCAGCCGGACACCAUAACGGAGGUUCGCGAUUCUACGAAAAGCCGGGCAUGGCUGCGUCUAGAGUACAGUCUGGACUCCCUUAUCAGUACUCUCCUCCUGCGAUCGUUUACGCGCCGUCGGGUAGGCACGGUGGGCGGUCAAACUACCAACCCCCGGCUAUUGUCUAUUCUCCUUCGUCGCACGGACACCAUCGCGCGCCCGCGCCAGGAAUUGCCUACAGCCGAUCCGAUCCAUUCCCUCUACCGACGCAGUACUCUCCCCAGGCGCGUGCUGGUGCCACGCCGUUCCCCCCUUCGCAAGGGUCCUCGUCGCAUCGGUCGCGCCAGCGCGCUCAAUCUACGACAGAACACUUGUCGAGUCGAGGGCGGAGUCGCGGCCCGAGCUCUUCUCGAGAUCAUCCGCGCACCCGAUCGCCCACUCCUUCUCUCAGUGCAAGCGAGACGUCUAGCGACACCUCUGGCAGCACAUACUACGUCCUCCCAUCCCCCGGUCAGAAGGUCCAGAUCAUCGUGCCGAACGCCGCCACGGUGUACACUUCGACGCCCAAGUCGUCGCCUAGGUCGCCGCGCUCGCCCUCGUCGGCAAACGACAGCCCGAAGAAGGCCUUCUUCGCGCGCAUCUUCAGCCGUGGCUCUGGUUCGGUGGACUCGCGCGGAUCCAGCGGCCAGGCGCGCGGUGAACGAGGGAGGAUCCCGUUCUCGUGGAGAUGACUGACUUGGCGCUGUGACGCGCUGAGGAACUAUAGAUCCCGUUGUUACGAGCGACGCCACCAUGGCGUCGGUUUUGUCCGUUGCAUGUACUCUUCGCCUGUUUGUUUCCCGCUCUUGUCCCAUCUGGCAAACUCCCACUCUCCUUGUAUCGUUCCCAGCACUGGAUCGCAUCUCCACUCAUUGCUGCCCGCUCCCGUAUCUCACCUCGCAUCUCACGUCUCAUCACAAACGAUGUCUAUCCCUGGACAGUGUUGUGCUUCGUUGCAUCAUCGCCAUCUCCACCAUCGUCCAUGUACGUAUACCUCUGUACUUCUCUCCCCACCCCUCUUGUACUUUUACGACACCUCGAUGUCCCUCUUGUAGACUUAGCGUCCCAUAUCCCCCUCCAUAAUGCUUACCCCUUUCCCACCCC